AAUCUCAACAGAAAUUUCAAAAAGUAACUUCCUAUGCUUUAUCGGGGACGGCAGCACGGAUGCUGCUACAUGUAUUCAGGAACAAGAACUCUGGGACUUAAGAACUGCUACUGCUGGUAAAAUUGUAACAUUUUUUUUAGGAGUGCAUAAACUGGAAAAAGCAGAUGCGUCAAGCCUUGUUGGUGGAAUAAGGCAUUUAGUAAGUACAAACAUGUCGUUAGAAUGGGAUGAUGUUUCCUCUAAGCUGGUGGCUCUAUCUUGCGAUGGAGCAAGUGAUAUGUUAGGAUGCAAAGCAGGAGUUUGGGCACUUCUUCAAAAAGAACAGCCAUCAUUGAUUAAAAUCCACUGCAUGGCCCAUCGACUUGAACAUUCUCUCAAGGACAUGGCAAAGUCUACUUAAUUGUAUGUGAAAACUGUUGACACUCUACUGCUGGGCCUUUAUUUGUUUAACCAUUAUAGCAGUUUGAAUAGAUCAAUGUUGAACAGGAGUUAUGAAGCUUUGAAGACAACUGGGGAUGGCCCAUUGCUAAUGCCUGUGCGUGUUGGAGGAACUCGAUGGAUAGCACACACCUUGCGAGCAGUGACUAACAUAAUCGCAGCUAACAAGUUUAUAGUUGCACAUCUUCAGCAGCUGAAUGAGAUGUCUGAGAAAGUUAGCAGUGAUGCGAAGGCUAAAGCUCGAGCUUUCCUCAAGCUAUUGCAGUCCAGAAGUGUUGCAUACUUCUUGUACUACAUGUACCUGCUGGAUGUCCUUACUCCCUUGAGCGGGAUGUCGAAGAUGCUCCAGAACAGACAGUCUGUCCUUGGGGUUCAGCAUGCAGAACUCUCUUCAACUAUUGAUGUCAUCAACAAGUACACAGACAGCAACAAGCUGGCUGACUGGAUCUCUGUGAAUGAUGUGAUGGCACAAAAAUUCCCCAAUAUCUUACCAGUCAUCGACCUCAUCUUGUCCAUAUCACCCUCCAGUGCAGAAGCAGAGAGAGGGUUUUCACAAUUAAAGCUAUUGAAAACGAGACUAGGAACAAGAAUGACCCAGCCAGUACUGAAUAAUCUCUUGUGCAUCAAUCUCGAGGCUCCAGAUGUAGAGCACUUUGACCCAACUGAUGCGGUUCACAACUGGAACACUAGUGGGGUUCGCAUGAGGAGACCCAUGUUUAAGGACAAUAAGUCCAAGGAGCAAAUACAUUCAAUGUGGUCAACGUUGAUGAUGUAGAAAAUGAGAUUGACAGUGAACUUGAAUUUGACUUAGUGUCUAGCGACACGUCAGAUUCUGAUUCGGAUGAAUCUGAGGUCUUUCAUCGCCUGUUGAGCUUUAACAAACCUAUGUAAACUAAUAGUAGAGCUGCAACAUUUCUUUUUAUGUAUUAACGUAUGUAACCAAAUGUGUUUGCGUGAAAUUCUCUUUUGAUUUAUGUAUAUCAUGUGUUUGUGGCAGACUGUGCGAUUAUUUUCAGUGCCUCAAAAUAUGGUGCAGUUAAAAUUAUUGCAUUACAGCAUGUGUUAAGACUUCAAAUAAAAGAACUUACCUAACAAGACAGCUUUGUGUUAAUUACAGUGGUCUUGCCUAGAAGGGGUCAACAUUAAUCUAAAAAUGUACACGUAAAAAGUGUGCAUUUAAGGUUUAUGAUCACAUCGUAAGCUUUAACGAAAUUGUCAGGUCAUGAAUAAGUUAAAACAAUGUACACAAUGUGAAAAUUAUGUUAUUUUAUCACCUAGCUGUCUGACCUAACAUUGUACAUUCAUUGAACAACAAAAAUGCAUAUAAAGUAUUAGGAAAGUUCUGGGCCUGUAGGUUUUUUGCUGGGCAACC